UCUCGAACGCUUUCAGAUUACGUAUUGUAAUAUACUUCAAAUGCACCAGUCGCCAUUUUGCCAGACGAGUUUUUUUAUAUAGACAAAAUAGUACAAUGACGUAAAAUAACAAGGAUUGAAACAGUUUUAAGCGCUAAUUCGGGUUUGGAUCUUUUUUGAAUACGAAUUUGUGAUCGAGUAAAUAUCAGCCGGUAGAAGGUUUGUACCAUGUCAGAUCCUGGGGGUCUAAAACAGUAAGGAACGUGUGUAGCGAAAAUUACGUUCACACUUUCCUCCAGAGGUUGAUUUUGAACCAUGGGAAAUACAGCCGUUUCUACUAAAAAAGAACACGUUACCGAAAGUGUUGAAAAAUUUCUAGCAGAUGCCAAAGAACAGUUCGAAACCAAAUGGAAUAAUCCAAGCAAGGAUACGGCAUGUUUGGAUGACUUUGAAAGAAUCAAAACAUUAGGAACAGGUUCUUUUGGAAGAGUGAUGCUUGUUCAGCAUAAAAUUGAACAAGAAUAUUAUGCAAUGAAAAUUCUGGACAAGCAAAAGGUUGUAAAGCUAAAACAAGUUGAACAUACUCUAAAUGAGAAGAAGAUUUUGCAAGCUAUUGACUUCCCAUUCCUUGUAAAGCUGGAAUUUCAUUUUAAGGAUAAUUCCAAUCUCUACAUGGUACUGCCUUAUGUGCAAGGAGGAGAGAUGUUUUCACAUUUAAGAAAAGUGGGAAGAUUCAGUGAGACACAGUCAAGAUUCUAUGCAGCACAGAUAGUGUUAGCUUUCCAGUAUCUUCACUCAUUAGAUCUUGUAUAUCGUGACUUGAAGCCUGAAAAUAUUUUAAUAGAACAGGAUGGUUAUAUCAAGGUAACAGACUUUGGUUUUGCAAAGAGAGUUAAGGGAAGAACAUGGACAUUAUGUGGGACUCCAGAAUACCUCUCACCAGAAAUUAUCCUCAGUAAGGGUUAUAAUAAAGCUGUAGAUUGGUGGGCCCUAGGGGUCUUGGUGUAUGAAAUGGCAGCUGGAUACCCUCCAUUCUUUGCCGAUCAGCCAAUUCAAAUUUACGAAAAAAUUGUAUCUGGAAAAGUUCGAUUUCCAUCACAUUUUACAUCGGACAUAAAAGAUUUGCUUCGAAAUCUUUUGCAAGUUGACUUAACCAAACGAUAUGGGAACCUCAAGAAUGGCGUGAAUGAUAUAAAGAAUCACAAGUGGUUUGCAGCAAUGGACUGGAUUGCUAUAUACCAGAAAAAG